CGUCAAUACACCACAAACGCUGAAUUUAACUUUUUUUAAAAACGUGUUACACGUGAUAACACACCGUGAAAUAAACGCACCUCGGAUUUUCUAAACACAGCCAGGGAUGUGUUUUUCAAAAACGUGACGUGGGAAUCAUUCAUGGCUGGUUACGGAUUAGCUAACGGCAGCUAACUCGCUGUGUGUGCUAGCUGUGGCCGUUAGCAGGCUAACAAAGAGCCGUUGCUCCUCCUCGCUUUGUAUGCUCGAUGUUGCCGUAUUAGAUGGUGCCGGUGUCACGUAGGAGACGGUGAGGAAUUGGUGAAACUCGACUGGAAUAUAUCUGGAGUGUCCCGACAAUCUGCCUUUGCCUGCAGUAGGACGUUUGGUCCCUGUCGUAGGUUGUGCAUUCGUUCCUCUCCAGUGAUCCCCUAUGCUUGAGAGAACCUGGAGCCUGAGUCUGACAGGAUGGAUGGUGUGGACCUAAAGAGACUCGCAAAUCAACAUCAGCCCUCUGUCUCUUGCUACGGUGUUCAAUCCUUUUCUAUCUACAAGAGAACACCUCCCAUUCUACACCUCCAGUCUCUGUACUAUAUGUGUAAAUACUGAACAAUAAAAAGACAGAAAGAGAUAGAAGUUGGAAGACUUUCUAUCUUGUUUCUUUUUAAAGCAGAGAUAAAUAUUGAUUAUACAAGGCUAUAUCACGGACAUGGAAAUAUCUUUGUUUUAAUUUUACUGUAGUUGUACCCCCUUACUCUUGGUGUGGGUGGUGGGAUGUCGGAAAAGCCAGAUGACAAAAUGGUGAAGUUCCUGGCCCCCCCCCAGAAGAGUGGAAACGGACCCAGUUCUGAUUCAAUGAUGGGUGAUAGCCGCCAACCGGCAGAAGUGAGACGGCGGCAUCACACCAUGGAGCGUGAUCGAUGUAACCCUGAACACCGUUUCUUGCGUCGGAGUGUCAUCAGUGAUUCCAAUGCUACAGCAUUGGCCCUCCCUUUACCCAGCAAGAUCCCCAUCCCUGCUCCCCAACGGGUUCAUCUACGUGAAUCCGUCCCUCAGCGGCAGCAGGCUACUGCUGCUUAUUUGCCCCGGACUGAAACAACUUUAGCUCAAAAUGAAAAGUCUGCUGAUAGUGGCAGAGGAAUAGUGGAAGGAAAAGACAUAGAAAUAGCUAAGGUGGAAGUAGUGCCUUUAGAACAGGAGGCUGCCAAUGUACAAGAUAUCUGUGACGUGGUGGUGGUGUCCCACUCCGUACCAUGCUUGGGAAGAGAUUUGCCAAGUCAAACAGAAACUGAAAGCACCACUGAAGUGAAGUUGCACCAUGGAGAAGAAGAGGGAGAAGAAUAUAAGGACUCUGCUAAGGCACGGGCAGAGGCAGAGCAGAGAGAAGCUGAGAAAAAAGUGCAGGAUGACAUCGAAGAGGCAGAGACCAAAGCAGUGGGAACAUCACCAGAUGGGCGUUUCCUAAAGUUUGACAUUGAAAUUGGACGUGGCUCCUUCAAGACCGUCUACAAGGGCUUGGACACUGAGACCACAGUGGAGGUGGCUUGGUGUGAGCUUCAGGAUCGUAAGCUGUCAAAGACAGAGCGGCAGCGCUUUAAGGAGGAAGCGGGGAUGUUAAAGGGACUGCAGCAUCCCAACAUUGUCCGUUUUUAUGACUCCUGGGAGGGACCCUCCAAAGGCAGGAAGUGUAUUGCUCUGGUCACGGAACUCAUGACAUCUGGCACACUCAAAACAUAUCUGAAGCGUUUCAAAGUGAUGAAAAUUAAAGUGCUGCGGAGCUGGUGUAGACAAAUCCUCAAGGGUCUUCACUUCCUCCAUACUCGGGCUCCCCCGAUCAUCCACAGGGACCUUAAGUGUGACAACAUUUUCAUCACAGGCCCAACAGGGUCUGUCAAGAUUGGAGACCUGGGACUGGCCACACUCAAGCGUUCAUCCUUUGCCAAGAGUGUUAUAGGUACCCCUGAGUUCAUGGCGCCUGAGAUGUAUGAGGAGAAGUACGACGAGUCAGUGGAUGUGUAUGCCUUUGGAAUGUGCAUGCUGGAGAUGGCCACCUCAGAGUACCCUUACUCAGAGUGCCAGAAUGCUGCACAGAUCUACCGCAGAGUUACCAGCGGGGUGAAGCCGGGCAGCUUCGACAAGGUGGCCAUUCCCGAAGUGAAGGAGAUCAUCGAGGGAUGUAUUCGCCAGAACAAGGAUGAGAGGUAUUCAAUCAAGGACCUUCUGAACCAUGCGUUCUUCCAGGAGGACACAGGGCUGCGCGUGGAGCUGGCAGAAGAGGAUGAUGGAGAGAUUGAGGCUAUUAAGUUGUGGCUGAGAAUUGAGGAUGUAAAGAAACUCAAGGGAAAGUACAAAGACAACGAAGCUAUUGAGUUUUCUUUUGACCUCGACAAAGAUGUCCCAGAAGAUGUGGCUCAGGAAAUGGUUGAGUCUGGGUAUGUGUGUGAAGGUGACCACAAGACCAUUGCGAAGGCCAUAAAGGACAGGGUGUCUCUAAUCAGUCGGAAGAGAGCACAGAGGCAGCAGGUCAGAGAAAAUCAAGAGAAGAGACGGCUGGAAGAGGAGCAGCAGAAUCAGGUGCUGCCUGCACAGCAACCAGUCCAACUAACCAGCACGGAGGUGCCUCAGCCCCAGCCGGUGACUCAGUCUUUUAUCCCUCCACAACCAAACCAACACAAUCCACAAAUGUGUGCUCAACCUGCAUCUCAGAACCUUCCUAGUUCGAACUACAACACUACUCAAUCAAACCAAAUCACUGGCAUGGCUCAAGUGAUCCCUUUUGUGCCCCAGUCAACUGGGCAAGUCCAAGUUCAUGGUCAGAGUAUGGCCACCAUCCAGCCAGAGUCGGAGGAACCUGAAGCCGACCAAGCCGAGGCCCAGCCUCAGCCUGGAAUAUCCUACAGCUCCCCUCCCAGUCAGCACCCUCAGCCCCCAGUGUCGUGCCUGCAGACACAAAAUGAACAAAUGCAACAGCAGCAGUUGUCAGUGGUUCAACCCCAGAUUCAAGGUGUCCAGCCUGAAGUUGUUCCUCUCGCACCUACAAACCAGUCUGUUCCCGGGGGACCGCAACAGUACGGAGUGUACUACCAACCAUCGCUCCCCCCUCAGAUUCCCAACCAGCAAGUGAUGAUCCCCCAAUCAUCUCAGCCAACUGCUCCACAACAGCAGCAGCAGCAGCAUCAACUACAGCAGCAGCUGCAGCAACAACAACAACAACACCCAGAGAGCAGCUCUUCUCUUCAGAGCUCUACUCUACCACAGGCUCAGACUGGAGCCCAACAGCUACAGUCUUGGGUCAAUGAUCCAAGUACGCCCAUCAUGUCUCCUCCAAUCAACGCUGAGCAUCUAUAUUUCCUCUAUCAGGCCUCAUGCCUCUCUGUUUUGCAGGCCUCUGUGAGUGUUCCUCAGUCAACACCAGGCGAGCUGCUAGCUGGAUCUUCAGUUCUGAUUCUACCAUCUGUAGAAAGCUGCCUGUCGGAUACAGCUUCUGGUCUUAGUGACGGCAACGAUGGAAGUUCUACAUCAGGAGGUCGCCAUGAGGGGCGCUCACUGAAGCGUCACCAGAGACGAUCCGUGCGCAGCCGCUCCCGCCAUGAGAAGAUUGCAAAGGCCAAGCUGAACGUGCUCAGUAUCUCGAAUGUGGGUGACAGAGUUGCAGAGUGUCAGCUGGAAACCCACAACAGGAAGAUGGUCACCUUCAAAUUUGACCUUGAUGGUGAUAAUCCAGAGGAGAUCGCACAGAUCAUGGUUGAGAGUGAGUUCAUCUUGGAGUGUGAGCGGGAGUCUUUCAUUGAGCAGGUCCGUGAAGUCAUAGAAAUGGCUGACGAGAAAGGAGAAGGGAUAAAGGAAGCUUUUCCCCAGAUGAGUGACCUCCAACAACAGCCUGCGCUGUCUGUUCCCAUGCUGCCAGGUAUUUCCCCCAGUACGACCGCGCAGGUAGUUCAUUCAGCAGGACGGAGGUUCAUCGUCAGCCCGGUGCCAGAGUCUCGUCUUAAAGAGCAGUUCUUUGGAGUUUCUUCUGCUAAUACUUCAUUUGGAGAUGAACCUGCUCUCCCUUUGGCACUGGGCCUUUCUCUGUCUGCUCCAUCCGGGAUCCUCCAGCAGGCCUUCGGUAACAUUAGGUCUCGUUUAGAGAGAGGCAACACGGUUGACCCCCCUUCUUCUGAGCAAGAGCCAGCCACCAUUCCGUCCACUGAGGCUGGUCUCGGCCUGAGUUCUACCAAUAUCCUGGCUACUCCUGAAGCUGUAGCUUCCACCACCAGCACCACUUUCCCUCCUGUGUCUCUCCCAUCUACUGUGACAUCCUCACUGCCUCCCUCCACUGGGAGGGUUUCCCCUCCACCUAUAUCCACGCAGACCCAAACUCCCGUUCCUGACGCCAGUGAUCCCAGUCCACCCCCUCAGUCUUCUAGUGAAACACCCUCCUCACAAGUUCCAGCACCAGCUCCCAACAUCCCUCCCGCAUCUUCUACCAUUUCUCCUCCAUCAGCACAGACCUCCGUCCCCGCAGUCCCUGGGCCUCAGGCAAGUAGUAGUUCUGUGUCUGUCUCUUCUGUUGCUGGAGUUCCAUCUACCAGUACUAGUACUCCCCCUGCUUCAGAGCAGCAGCCUUUUAAUGGUGCUGUUACAUCUUCUCAGCCCAUGAAUUCAUCCAUCCAUCCACCACAGCACACAACCUCCCAGCCUGUUCCUGCUUCAGCUGCUCAGAAUCAGGUCCAAGCACAGCCAGUGGAGGCAGAGGGGGCUGAGCUCCAGUCAAAGGCCGCUGGUGGAGAUGACAUCCAAGCUCUAGAUAAGAAGCUCCGGUCCCUCUUUAAAGACCAGAGCACCGCCUCAGCGUCAUUGGAUCCUAGUCAGAACACGGGGACCUCCUCUCCUCCCACUGGGACUUCUUCCCCUCCACCUGGAGCCGUCAUGGUGCCUCCAUCAAACCUUCCUCUCACUUCUGGGGUGCAAGGGCUUCUUGGCUCCACAACCACCCCAGGACAGAGUAUGACCCCGGGAGGACAUACCCAUACCCCCCCAACAAAGCCCAGGGCACAGACUCUACCCACUGGUUUUGAUCCAGCUGCUACACCUCCCUCUGACAUCAUAGCCCCGUUUCCUGGACCAAAUCAGUCGCAUCAACCUCUGGGUAGCUUGGAUGCGCAGUUGAGGAGAGCUCUGAGCCCAGAGACAGUUCAGAGGGGUAACAGAGCACCGCUCCCAGCAGCAGGUUUCACUCUGGGACGUUUCCAAGUAUCCAUUCCAGAUCACUUUAGCGCUGUUUCCUCUUCCUCCCUCACACCGUCAUCUACCACAUCCUCCUCCUCCUCCUCUUCUUCCUCUUCCUCCCCCUCAAGUCCAGAAAAUACCCUCCACCGGUCAUCCAGUCUGUGUAAAGUAGUUGCUGAAACUGAUGGUGUUAGUGGAGCCUCAUCUCUCUCUGCCGGUCGGUCCGGUCAGCCCACCACCAUUGGACGCUUCCAAGUGUCCCCGAGCAGCAAUGCCACAUCCGGAUCCAGCACCGGCUCUAAAGUGGGACGAUUUUCAGUCACAGUGACUGCAGCGACAGGCUCCAGCCCAUCACACGGCUCCAGUAGGCAGAACGGACCCUCGUCUUCCACCUCUGACCCACAUAAUGCACAUACACAUUACAGUAGUGACAAUGACGACUCGGAGACUGAGGACGAUGCUUUGCAGAAAGAAAUUGGCCAUCUUAGAGAGAAACAUAUGAGCGAGAUUCAGAUCUUACAGUCGCGUCAGAAAGAGGAGAUUGAGGCUCUGUUUACGCGAAUGGGGAAAAAUACUCCUUCCUCUGUCUUCUCCCCGGCUGCGGCCAUGGCGGGAGGUCGACGUAGGCUGAAAAGCAAAAGCUACAAAUCAGCUCGCAGCAGUGGACAGCCCGGUUCCAUGCACUCAGGAUCCCCUCCAAAGCAAAGACCUCCCGCUGCAUCAGAGGUCUCACAAAUGACAACAGAGGCAUCCCAAGCAGUUGGCAGCUCGUCCAUACAGCAGCUCCGAUCCUCUCCGUCCAUGCCCAGCCUCAGUAGCUACUCCGCAGGAUUGAGUGGGACCAGCUCCUUAAACGGUUCAGGGCCCUGUCAGAACCAUUUAGCUUCGCUGACCCAGGCGACUGGACCCACUCCUUCUGCCUCUCACACCCAGAAGGGUCAAGUCACCUUCACUAAAGACCUGCACCAACUGGUGGAUAACUGGGCCAGAGACGCCAUCAGCCUCUGCAAGAAAGGUCCUAAAACUGGAGCACAGGCGGCACAGGCACAUGAUAUAAUUCCCCCAGCCAACAUGGGCCGUAAAUUCUCAGCUCCAGGUUACCUCUGCCCAUCGCUUCCCACGCCUUCUAACGCCACAUCCACCACCACUACCCCAGCCAAUCCCUCUGUCGCCAUGGGGCCCCGCAAAGGCUCCCUGGGCCCAGUUGCUCCGGGGUUUGGAUAUUCCUCUCCCCAGUACAAUGCUCCCCAGUGGGCAGGACCCACAGGCACGUGCCAGGUCGGCAUGCUUAAUCCUGCGCAGCCACUACCACAGUACCAGCCGCCUACGACAGCCUCAGUGACCACAAUGCAACAAGGCUACCACAUGGGAACCACACCAGCACCCCCGAAACCAGUCAGCCACGGAGGGUCCAACCUUAGGCCGACGUAGCCCAGUCAGAGCCCCGGUCCAGGAGGAGACUGCAGGGCCACACGGGGCCGAGAGCCAGACAGUCGCUGAUUGAGAACCACUAGCUCUCUUUGCUGGUCAGCUGGCUGUGCUUUUUUUUAUUUUUAUUUCUUUUAUCAUUUUGUGUUAUGAGUCGACCUGUGUCCUCUCAGGCAGAACAAAAAUCUGUUAUUGGAGGGAGAGUGCAAUACACACCCGCAGCACAUGAGUCUCACACUUAGCCUGCCAUUAGCUGUGGAAAUGAGCCGUGAGGAGUGAGGUGGUUGUGUCUGGUGAUGUAACGACCCAAAGGCACAGCCGACAGCAGCCAAAGAUGUCUUUCUGCGAGCAGACGCUGUAACGUCGAGAUUUAUUUUUGAAGAUGAGGGAUUCUGGUGGACAUCCUUACUGGUCCUGUCUUCACUGAGGACAGUUUACACCACAACACAACACACACACACCUGAUUAAACAUUGACCUGGUUGAGUGACUUGGGGUGGUAGGUUAUGUCGUCUCAGAGAGUGAGGGGAGAAUGUGAGUGUACAGGAAGUGGAAGAUACGAGUGGGACAGUUGGCUUGUUCCAGAUGGAGCAGUACGAAGAAGCGAGGAGGAGAAGAAAGACAUAGUACGUCAGGCUGGAGUGUAACGGAGAGGGUCGGAGUAUGAACACCUCCCAGUGGCUACCUAUUAAGUAAACGCAAUAAUGGCAAAGAGUAGAUAAACUGUCCCUUGUAACUGUGGCCUUAAUCCCCAAACACAUUAAAUACUUUGUACAUAGAUAUUUCUUCACUGGGUUAUGAUUCCAUGUUUAGCAUAUUUAUGUCCCUGUGAGAGUCUGUGAUUUGAGUUGUCUCUUAUCAUAUACAUUUAUUAUCAUACUGAUUUAUUCUUCACGUCUGACAGGUAGGCCGGUGGGUCUGCCACAUUGAAAAGCGUUGUCCUGGUGUUGACCGCCACUCGAAGCUGAAAAACUGAAGAGGUGAUGCUGCUGUAGAUCACAGUCUGGGUAGUGGGUGUUUGCAGGGUGAUACGUUAUUUUUAUUUACACAGGAAUGAAACCUUGUCGAGAAUCUUAAGUUGACACAUGGAACCACUUCAUUUAGUGUCUGCUCAUCAUGUAGAAUGAUACAGUUUGAGUUUAUUAAUGGUAAUAUUUGUAAUUUUCUGAGUCAGGGGUGGGGGGGGGACGCAACCUCCCCACUCCACCCAGGUGUUUACAAAGAUCAUGCACGUCUCUAGAUUAACAGGUCGUCACAUUUAAUAUAUUUAGCCGCCACCUCUCAAAUCACAAGUGUCUGGGGUUCUCUUCCUGUGGUCUGUUUUUGUAUGCGUUAUUUAAUAAAACAAACAAAUGUUCUUUAUGGACCUGUAUUCAGCCAUCAGAAUUUGAUGUUGUUUCACUGUAAUUAUUAUUAAAGGUUGUUAAACAACAUGUAGUUAAAGGAAUAUAAAAAGUGCAAUUGCAGGGUUGUUAUUGGUAUUCUACUCACCACGCAGGAGUAAAUCCUGAGGUUUAUUAAGCUCAUCAUCUAUAACUGCCCUGCCCCCCCACCCUUUUCUAUUUUAUUGUAUAUACGUUCAUGUGAGGAAAGUGCUUUCACGUAACGCUCGACCCACUCUACAUGCACACGCACUCUAACCUGUAAACAUGAGGGACACUUUAGUGCCUUGCAUCCUCACUAUUGACAAGUUCCAGAUUCAUUUAGUCCUGUUGUAUCCGUGACUGUGCUGCAGAAAAACUUAACCUGUAAACACAACCUGACACACAACUCAAGAGGAUGUAACACUCUGAAACGAUGGACCAGACACACACACAAACACACACGCAGAACAAAGAGCACACUGACUAAUGUGGAAACCAAUUUUUUUUUUCUCUCUCUCUAGUUACAUUUUGUGUUGGUUGUGUAAUCAGCUGUGAAUUUCUAUUUGGCUCAUGCGUACAUGGUUUUGCUGGCAUUUAUUUCUGUGGAUUUAUCAUAAAAACUGUUUCGUGGAAGCACUUGUUCAGGCAGCGAGCGCUGUACAAGGUUCCGAAGUCUUCAUGCUCCUUUCGUCUCAUCACCUCACGGUUGCCAUGCUGUCAUUGUGACUCCUUUGCCUGCUUGUAGAUUUGGAUGAAUAGUAAAACUUCUCUAGAGAAAAAAUAAGUUACUGCAAUGCAGAAUAUGCAAUGUUUAAAGUUUUAUAAGGGCCGAGGGGUAAUGGAAACAUUUGCAUGCUGAUGAGGGUUGUUACUGACUUCAGUGUUUUUGAUAUUGGAAUAUUAGUGAUCUUUUUAUUAUUAUUUGCCUUCCUGAGAGUCAUCACAAAGUGUUGACACCUUAAAUUGCCAUUCACCAAUAUCACAGACACAACUUCAUUAUCAGACGAUCCGCAUAUGAGUUCUGCAUGCUGGCUUCACUGGUGUGUAAUCUUACAACUGGCCACUGUACAGCACAAGCUCACAACAAAGCUUUAGGUCCAUAUGCUACUAUGUAACAGUCAGAGCUCCAUCAGUACUGUUCCAAGCUACUGACACACAGUGAUGUUUGUCAGGUUCUUAUCUCUGAUCCCUCCCUACAGACGUCCUGUGAUUCAGUGUCUGUUUUGUGUAUGUUUUUCCACAUUGUACAAAAUGUAAAAACAAAUAAAAAUAUCAAUGAAA